CAGGAAGCAGGCCGGUGGCUCUCUCGUUGGCGGCGGGGCGUGCGGACACGGCAUUAUGGGAAAUGCACCAUCACAAGACAUUGCAACUCCUGGUUCCUAUCACCACCACUGUAAAGACAACCGAGUUGCUAACGCUGGCGCCUGCUUUCCGAAGCAAGACCCUGAGCGUGGUGGGGGUCACAUCAUGUCCACGGAUGACCUGGAGUACCCACGUGAGUACCGGACACUGGGAAAUGGCCGGCGCUUCUCUAAUGUGGGCCUUGUGCACACGUCCGAACACCGGCACACGGUCAUCGCUGCCCAAAGCCUGGAGACCCUCAGCAACCUGCACAAGGCCGACAUGGAGCGCAAGCGAGACGCCUUCAUGGAGCACUUGAAGAACAAAUACACCCCACAGCACUCUCUGCCACCAUCACCGUCCCCUUCACACAGCAGCAUGAGGGGGUCGUCUGAAAGGAGCGCACGAGAACAGCAACAGCCAAACUACUGGAGUUUUAAGAGUCGCAGUCCGCGUCACUCCCAGUCUACACAGUCUGGUUUAGCUGACCAGGCGUCCAAGCUGUCCUACGCUUCGGCCGAGUCUCUGGAGACCAUGUCCGAGGCCGACAUGCCGUUGGGCUUCAACCGCAUGAACCGCUUCCGUCAGAGCCUGCCGCUCUCCCGCUCCGCCAGCCAGAGCAAACUGCGCUCUCCAGGCGUUCUCUUCUUGCAGUUUGGUGAUGAGACUCGGCGAGUGCACAUCACUCAUGAGCUGAGCAGUCUUGAGACUCUUCAUGCGCUCAUCGUCCGCAUGUUCCCCCAGAAGCUGACGGCCAGCAUGCUCAAGUCGCCCAACACGGCCAUCCUGAUCAAGGACGAGGCACGCAACGUCUUCUACGAGCUGGAAGACGUGCGGGACAUCCAGGACCGUAGCAUCAUCAAAAUUUACCGCAAGGAACCCGUUUACAGCUCCUACGCCACUGCGGCACACCUGGCCAAUGGUGACCUGAGGAGAGAGAUGGUCUACACAUCUCGUGAGUCAUCACCUACUCGUCGUCUGAACACACUCCCGUCCUCCACCUCCUCUCCAUCCGGUUCCUCCCCCUCGCGCUCUCGCCUGUCCUACGGUGGAGGUGGUCGACCUCCCUCGUUUGGUGGUCCAGGCCAUCCUCACCCAUCAGGUGGCUCCCAGCAUGGGCACCACCCAUCCCCCUCUCAUGGUCCAGGGGCUGGGGGCCUGACAGCCUCUCCCUCAGCCAUCCUGGAGCGCCGGGACGUUAAGCCAGACGAAGAAGUGUCAGGCAAGAACAUGGUGCUUCUUAAGAAUGAAGGCCUUUACGCUGACCCCUACAACCUGGUUCACGAGGGACGUCUUAGCAUAGCCUCCACACAGUCUCUGGCUACCAUCGCUGACCCUUUCAGCUUCCCCGUGUCUGGGGGUCUCUACCGACGGGGAUCAGUGAGGUCACUUAGCACAUAUUCAGCUGCAGCGUUGCAGGGGGAUCUGGAGGACCAGCUCUAUAAGCCUGGAGGGUCAAUAUACUCGGAUGCCUAUGGCCCUGGCUCCUCCACUCUGACCAUGGGCUUCAGACUUCCACCAUCAUCCCCACAGAAGGUCCCGGACGUGCCACUGCGGGACAGAGACUCGUAUUCGGGACCACCCAGCCGUGGCUCGCCCGUCAGGCAGAGCUUCCGCAAGGAUUCGGCCUCUUCGUCUGUCUUUGUGGAGAGCCCCAAGUCCAGGCCUGGCUCUAGCUCUGAGCCAUUGGGGGACGUGGGCAGAAGUGCGUCUGGGUUCGGGUCACCUCUGGCAGGCAAUGAGAUGGACACGCGUAGGGAUCGUAUGGAGGCCAUGGAGAAGCAGAUCGCCAGUCUUACUGGUCUGGUCCAGAGCGUACUUACCAGAGCACCGGACAGCGACAGCACAUGCGGCCUGCUGCGUCUCUGCAUGAUGGCUGGCUGCCCUCCGGACCAGGGGGCGGACUUCUCACGGCCCUUCCCUUUCUCUUCCAGCGAGAAGACGGAAUCCACCAGCGACGGCUCCGCAACAGGAACUGGCCGGCUGAUGAGGAAAGCUCUGACCCCAUCGGCCCCACUGGCCCUGAUGCCGCCCCCUGCCAUGACCCCGCAGGGCUCCAAUGUGUCCCGACUGCAGAUGCAGCUCCAUUUACAUGAGCUCAAGCAGAAUGCCACUGACCUGCGGAAGCAGCUCGACCAGCUUAGAAAGAUGCAGCUGCAGAAUCAGGAGUCGGUGCGCUCCCUGAUGAAGCGGACGGAGAUGGAGCUGAGCGUACGCGUGUCUGAUGCUCUGAGGAAGCAGGAGGAUCCACUGCAAAGACAGCGCCUCCUGGUGGAGGAGGAGAGACUCAAAUAUCUCAACGAGGAGGAGCUCAUCAUACAGCAGCUACAUGAUCUGGAGAAGUCAGUGGAGGAGAUCCAGAAGGAGAGCUCAGUGAACCACAGGCACAUUACAGUGCAGGAGCUGGAGGAAAAGGCCACAGUGCUUCGGCGACUGGGAGAGACGCUAACCGAGCUAAAGAAUCAGUUUCCUGGGCUGCAGAGUAAGAUGCGCGUGGUCCUGAGGGUGGAGGUGGAGGCGGUGAAGUUUCUGAAGGAGGAGCCUCACAGGCUGGACGCGCUCCUCAAACGCUGCAAAACCAUCACUGACACACUCGCCACACUCAAGAGGCAGGUGAAUGAGGGAAUCUGGAAGAAUCAGGAUGAUUUCUCCAGCCCCUCCUCCAAACACAUGGGCGGAGAAGACUUCAGGAAAGGCUCAGAUUUCGAUAUUCCCACGAGCCCUCCACUCAACUUCAAUGAGUCCAGCCUGGCCAACUGGAGCCCUCAUGUCCACGCCCACACACAUGGCCACUCCCACAGCAACCCUUCGUCUGGGCAGCGUGAGAGGGACUCUCAUGGCGUUGGGUCACUAAAGGGGCGGGUUCUGGAGGAACUGGGGGGACGAGGAGGAUCAGAUAAGGCUUCAUCUGUGGAGGUCAGACUGGCUGCUGAGCGGGACUGGGAGGAGAAGCGGGCCAGUCUGACCCAGUACAGUGCUCAGGACAUUAACCGGCUGCUGGAGGAGACCCAGGCUGAGCUCAUGAAGGCCAUUCCAGACCUGGACUUUGCCGCCAAGCAGAUCAAACCAGUGCAGAACCAGAACCAAAGCCAGAACCCUAAUCAAAAUCAAAACCAAAACCAGAACGAAGCACCCACUAGCGCACACUCCGUACCUGAGCACAAACCCAGCAAAGCCCAGCAUGCCCACAAGGUGUCCAGCAAAGAGGGGGGGUCCAGACGGGGGUCCGAUGAGCUUACAGUAGCAAGGUAUCGGACUGAGAAACCCUCCAAAUCCCCACCUCCCCCACCGCCCCGAAGGAGCUUUCCUUCUUCCCCAGGCCUUACCACACGCAGCGGAGAGGUGAUCAUACCCGGCAAGAGCUUGAAGAAAUCAGAAUCCGAUGAGACGGAGGUUCAGAAGCCCCAUGUAAAGUUGAGGAGGAGUGUGUCUGAAGCCCCCCGCCCCGCCUCAACCCCACCCACAGUGUCAGGUGGAGAGAGAGAGGAUAGAGAGGAGGAGAAAGUGGCAGCAGAGCUGGAGCAGUUCACACAGUCUCAGGGAAGAUUACCUAACCGGAUCAGUGACACAAAAUUGGAAACACAGGUUCAGCGUGGCCCAUCCUCCUCUACCUCAGUCCCUCAGAUAGUUUUGACAGAAUGCAUUUCACAUCCUACUUCCCCAACUGAGUGCUCAGAGCGAGGAAGCUUUUCUGACAUGGAAAAGCUUUCCAACAUGCCACAGAGGGACAAAAACACAGGAAGUGGCAUCGCUCUCAGUUACUUUAGCCACAUCGUUAAGAUUCCUAGUCUGUCUCUAUGGAAACAGGACUUGGCAGGCAGUCAAAGAAAAUGUUCUGAGAUGCAGGUCUUGGAUGGGGACCAGAAGGAGUUCCAGGCAAGGUUGAAGAGUUCUCCAGCUAUGCCUGGGACACCCUCAGCCUCGCCUGAGCAGAAGGCAGAGAAACAGCCAAGGAAGAUUGAGCUGAGGAUCCAAGAGUCUUUCGAGAAAGAGGACCAAACAGACAUGUGUGAGAGAGAUCCGAGACCAGGGUUGCUCCCACAGAGAAGAGCAAUGCCAGAACCAAGUGAGACCUCAAAAGCUGUAGCAAGCGUGACCCGCACCCAAGGAGUUGGCCAGGAGGCCGGUAAGGAGGACAUUAAACACAGCACCUACCGCCGUCUGGACAGUCUGGAGGAGACCAUUCGUGAGCUUGAGCUCAGCCUGAUGGAGUUCAGCACUCAUCCCAACAUGGGACACUAUCCAACCCUACCUCAGCCUCACAGCCCUUCUGCAGAGUAUCCCACUGCCUCUAGCCGGCUACAGAGGUCCAGCACUGGCGCUGUUUCCUCUGAACCCAGAGUGAAGAGCCCAGGAGAGUCCCUGAGACCCCCUGUCCCACCCAAACCCUCCAUCAGCACAGAUUUAACCAAGUCUGGUAGUGGUAAAGCGAUAUCUCGUCUAAAGCAUCUUCAGCAGGGCGGAUCUGAGAAGAGUAAACUGGGAAAACAGAGAGAAGACUACAUCAAGAGUCAGGGACAGCAACAGGCUCUGGGGGACCCUUCAGCAUCCAACCAUCUACUCUCCAGCACCCGGGCUGCUAGCUUCUCAGGCCGGCUGCCAUCGGGCCUCCGUAAGUACCCCCAAGAGGGGGCACUGUCCUCCUCCAGCCACGCCAAAGCUCUGUUAGCCAGCCUGUCAGCCACCACCAGCCUCUCCGCUGAGGCCCUGCUGCUGUCCUCCACCUUCAGGCACCACCGGCUACUCCGGGAACAGCGCGCUAACACUUCGGCUACACUGCCCCUUCCAGUGUCCAAUGGCCGCUCGCCUACAUCCCCUACCUCUCCAUCCUCCCCCUCCUCUUUCCCUUCCCCUUUUUCUGCUCUUAGCCUCUCUUCACUGGCUCUCAAGCCCCUGGCCACCCGCAGCCUAUCGCAGGACAAGGAGGUUAGCAAGGAUGAGAAAGAAGCUAGCAAAGCUGUGGCUAGUUCUGCUUCAAGUGCUAACAUGCAGUGAGGAUGCACCUUCAAAGAAUGAAAGGAUGUUUUUGCCUGAUCAUCACUCACUCACCCAAACCCACACAUACUUGUGCAUUGCUUGACUUUUUUCCCACCAGCCUUAUGCAGUGAAAAGAUGCAGCUGCUAAAGGGUUUAGCCUCAACAGCAAGGAUAUCCACAGCAGGGUAAAAGAGCAAUGGAGCAAACUUUCGAUCAGCAAUUGACUUAAACCUCUUACACUUCCUGUGUCCACAUUCAAAGGUGCGUUAUUCAAUAUCUGCACGGAAAUCAGAGUUAUUAUAAAGUCAUGGGUCAACAAUGGAACUCUGGACCUGCUGGUUGGCAUCUGGAGUUUAAGAGGUUAAAGAAAUUCUUCUCUUGCAUCUUCCCUCAGCUAUAACUACAUCAAACACCCUUUAUACUUUGCACUGGAGAGAUGCUGACUUCAGCCUACACACCAUUGCACUCUUAAAAAUAAAGGUGCCAAAAACAGUUCUUUGGAUCACUACUGGGAGAAAAUCUGCUAACAUUUUGAGCUGUUGCAAAAUUUGUUUGUAUAUACGUUUUAAGAGUUUCCUUCUCAAAGCGCAAAAUACUGGGGGGAGAUUAUUAUAAUGUACCACCGACUCCCGCUAACCUGAUAGUAGACAUAGUGAAUAAUGACUGUAACUCCUGUGAAAACGUCUCGUAUUUCUGGUGCUAACAUGACUAGAACUGCUGUUGAUCAGAAACGCCCAUUUAAUAAAACAGAAGCUUUUCCUGGCAGCAGCAAGUCAAAAUGUGCCUCAUGUUUGACUUCUUGAAAUUCUGAAUAAUGACUUAUUGAUACUGACUCAUGCCCAGUGUCUCCUAACUGAUUCAGCAGGAUAGUUGAGGCUGGAAGUGCUAGAUUUCCAGCUUUUCCUGCUUUUCCCCACAAGGGAAAUCCGCUUAAUUACAGCAUCCUCUAGCUUUAGCUUUAGCUUAGCCUUGCAGAAGUCUCAUGAAGUCUUAUGUAGCUAAAUUUUUAGUUCACUGAACGAAUAGUAACAAAAUCUAUCCCAUAGAUAUUAAAAGUAAAAACAUGGACAGAAAGAACAGAGGGAAAAGUAUCAAUUACAAACACAGUGUUUUUUCUCCUACUUGUUGGAAUCAGGCUUCCAUUCAAAAAGGUCAGGAGGGGUUUAUAUUGAGCUGGUCAUAUGUUCAUUAUGAAGGUUGUGCCUGGGUUCAUUUGCCUGAACAUUCUUAAUAGAUAACCCUCUAAACGGGCCACUGUCUAUAGACCAUGGGUAAUUACCACGUCUUUUAGUCAGUCUGCCCCUUGGUUCAAUAAAGAACCUUCCUGGGGGAACCAAAAGUGGUUCCUCUAUGGUGUCACUCCAAAGAACCUUUUUGUCACCUUUAUUUUUGAUAGCAUGCUAUCAUGUGUCCCUCAUCACAGACCUGCUUUUCUCCCAUCUGGAUCCUCCUAAAAUCCAGCCACUCAGCCGUACUGCCAGAUCCCCAAGCAAGGAGCCCACAGAGGGGCUUGGACAUCCACUCCCUGGAGUCUCCAGCCUAGAGCUCCAUAGCACCACAAGGCCAGCAUACCGCUGCCGAGGAAAACGACUCUAUGCCCACCCUGCAGUCUGUUUGCCAAAUCUCACAUGUUGGAGACCUCGUGAAGUCCAGUAGAUUUUCUCAUCAAGUGUAAUAAUAGCUAGACUGUGAAACUGUCCGAUUCCAAGUAGAGUCUGCAAUAAUAAUCGAAGAAGUCAGUACAGUAGUAGUCUGUGUGUGUUCAGAUUUUUAUCAGUCAUAUAAAUAUUUAAAAUGACAGAAUGUGAAAAAAAAGAAAGACAAAACAGCAAAAACAAAACUGUAAUCAGCAUCUUGAGUUCCAGAACCAUUUCCUCUGGGUAAUAACACUAAACAAAACUGGUGCUAUCAUCCUAGUGACAUUUUUAAACUGAUGGAAAAGAAAUACAAAGUAUAGUCAUGUUUUUCUAUAUAGUAGAUGAUCGAUACCUCCUAUAUGCACACCUCACUGCCCCAAUCCAACACAUUCCAUCUUCAGACCACACACAGAUAGAAUGGCUUUCAGUACAGCUAGUUUGUCAUUAUUCCUUAUUUUGUUACUUGGCACAAGGUUGCUGCAGCGACAGAUGGAUUGUGGGACGCUGGCAGUUUGGCCAGCUUCUUCGGAUGUGGUCCAAUCAGAAAGAGCAGGAGGCUCUGAGACUGAUGGAUUUGGCCCAGAUAACAUGCCUUAAGAGAGCUGUCUGCGCAAAGGCCGUUUGAGCUGCAUUACUAUAACAUUUGUGAUGUGGUCACUGCACAAAAAGCACAAACCACAAAAUCUGGACAUAAAUAGAGGGAAAAAAACACAAUAGAAAUCUUCUGAUUGUAUCUGACAAUCUGCACAAGAUUUGGCACAAACACUUAAUUUUUAUUCUCUGAAACUGCCGCAGUGAGAAGCUUCAGAUUAAUGGAGAUGUAGAAACACAGAUGGAUGAGUCUUCGAUGUGCGAAUGUGGACUGAAGCUUUGUUGAGCACUCAACAGCAUUAGCCUGCUCAGUGGCUUCUCCUAAUAAGUCAACCAGAAAGGGGUCUAAUGUUCUAGUAGUUUCUUCUGUGGAGGGUAAAAUCAGGCUGGUUUGCUAGCACAGUGUUUCCCAACUGUAUCAUGUUUCAGUUGUUUGUAACAUGCCUUCAUUGACGCCUCACCAUUUGCCCUUGGAGAUGCCAUUUUAACGUCCAUUCCUUUACUGUGUUAGCUCAGUAAGCUUGUUAGAUGACUGCUUGGAGGCGUAAACACUCAAGGCUGCAUAAGUGUGGAACUUCAGCAGAAGCAUUUGCCCAGAAACUGGCAAACUGGCUCUCAAACCUCAUUUAGAAAAGACUUUAGUAUUUGUUAUCUCCAGUAUUUCAUUUGCUGUGUUCAAACUGAAAAUAAUGUAGCUAACUCCUUCUGUAGUACAUGACUGCUGAGGUAACUUUUGCUAGCUUGCUAGUUAAGAAGCUAAGUGAUGCACCGCUAGCACAAACAAACAGGAAAGGCAACACACCACAUUUCUCAUUCUAAAGCCAAUGUUUCAAAAAGUGUAUGUGCUUUACGCUCAAACUUUGUGAAAAAUCGCUCUAUCUGGCUUUAGAAUGAAAAACAUAGUGUGUUGCUUUCUUUUUUGUUGGCCCUAGCAAUGCAUCACUUAGCUUGACUAGCAAGAUAAGUUACACAUCACUAGCAAAAACAAAAAGGAAACACACCACAUUUCUCAUUCUAAAGCCAGAUAAAGAUAAACUUUCAUGAAGUUUAUGUAUUUUAUGUUCAAACGUCUCAAACAUGUAUUAUAAAGUUUGCUUAGCUAGUAAGGAGCACCGUAAAAUGCUACACUACAUGGAGUUGUGAGGUCAAGCCAGUGAGGGCAUGUGAAAACAGAACUGAAAUGGUGCUUUGGAGUUCCGCCUGCUCUACAUAGUUUUGUAUUUUCCCUGCUCACCAUAUCAUUAGAUGAUUAUAAGCCUGUUCUUGAGCUUAGUCCAGUGUGCUUGAGUAGAGAAAAGCUAAGCUAUGUAAUGCAGAGCGAACACAAUUGGAUGAUAAUACCAUCACAGUACGAACAGUUUUGACCAAGGAAGUUAUAUUUUGCAUUGAUGUGUUAAUUCACAGCCUUGGCCUUGUUUAAUUGCCACAUGUAUAAUGUUGUGAAAACUCCACAGGAUUUCUCUGCUUUUUCAGUGAGAAAUGAUAUUGAAAAUGUUCGUGCUGACAAUAACUGUAACUUCUAAGGGUUAAAAGAGGCCUGUUGGUGAAAAUGAAAGAUUUAGGAAACACUUCGCUAGCAGCCACUCACAAGUACAUCAACUGAUGACUAGGCUUGUCACAAUUAUUUCACAAUCGCCUGAUUGCAAUGAAUUGAGCUGUCUCUACUUAUUUACCACAGUUGUUAGCUUUCGCAAUAUGUUGACUUCACAACAUACAGAAUGUGAAUUGGGUGUGUUUCUAUGUGUUACACUGAGGCAAAUGCAUGUCACAGUUCAGUUACUCGGUCCUAUAAAAAGAACAAAACUUCUAACUGAUGCUAUAACACCUUCAAAGGUCAAACAUUUGUUUAUUUAAUGUAUGUUAAUGCAACCUCUAGAGGGGUGUAGUGAGUCUUAUGUAUUCAUUUGAGCUACCAAGUAUCGAUAACUAGACAGCAAGAUGGCUAAACAACCAGUUAGCCACUUUAAGCUACACUCACACCAAAUGCCGUAAAAGUCAAUUCUCUGGAAUAGGAAAGAAGCGAAAACACAAAUUUAACAUAAAGUUCGCUUUACAGCUAACUCAUCUUGGUGAACUUUAACCCUGCAAAUUCACGAAACCUCAAAAUCAUCAUCUAACAGGACGAGGACGAGCUGUAGCGUUUCCUUUCUAAAAAAAAUUGUAAAGUUUCUCAGUAAAGAUAAUGUUGAUUGUCACUCACAGCAAAUGAUAACUGUUUACUGAACUUUGUUCUCCCCAAAAACACCUCAGACCAGGACCCCCUGUAUUUGCCCCUCUUUUGCUCCACCCCCACAAAGAAAAUAGCAAGGUGGCAGUCCUGUGUGACUGCGGUUCAAGACUUCUGCUUCACUAGCUGUAUACAUCAAACAAUAAGACGUUUUAAUUGCAGUUAUUUAUGUGGCAGCAAAUAAUCAAGUAAAAUUUCAUGAUCGUGACAUCACUGUGUGCUUGCAGACCUCGAGGUCAAGAGUCAGAAGCGCCUUGUCUCAGCUGUUGUGCUCUUUGAUCUCUAUGACAGAGUCCUUGGUUAACCUCAGCUAUCUUUUUGUCUGCUCUUAACCUCGUGACUGACUCACUCAAACACACACAUGCUCAUGGCUUUCUUGCUGUGGGUCAUAAGUAUUAAACAGCCAUUGUGUCAUCGACAUGGCCUGCAGAUUUCCUGUCAGAGAACUCAUGGUGAGAAAGAGAUAGAGAGAGAGAGAGAGGGAGAGAGAGAGAGAGAGAGAGAGAGAGAGAGAGAGAGAGAGAGAGAGAGAGAGAGAGAGAACGAGCAAAAGAA